AACGAUUGUGACGAUAUUUUUUUCGGAGAGGAGGGUGGAGAUAGCGACGGAGAAAGAGGUUUUGGCUCUCUAAAUUCCGAUUUUGAGAAAGAAGAGGAUACGGUUAUAAAAUUAAAACUUGAAAAGAAGGUUGCUAUUAGUAAUAAGCGUAAACUUAUCGACCUGAUUAUUAAGGAUAAUGUGUAUAAAGCCGUACGAUUUAAUAAGGAGCGUUAUAAUAAUUGCUAUUUAAAUAAAGAACGCUCCUACGGCAAGUUUAUAAUCCUUCGUAAGAAAUCCCUAUAUUAUAUAUAUUAUUAA